UUCCCAAUCUGUCGUCUGCGUUGGACUUGAACGUGAUCGGAACUCAGUUCCAAAACCCAAAUCGAGAUCAUUGUUCCUUCCAGAUUUCGUAAUUUUGAUUCAGAAAAGCCUGCAGCAAUCUGUUUUCCUUCUUCCUCCGUUUAUGGAAUCCAGCUCUACUGUAUAUGGAAUCGAUUUUCCUUCGUUUUCUCAUCUUUCCCCUAUUACCACCCAUUCAGCCAUGAAAUUUUAGCCAUUAGAGUGAGCAAUUUCAUCUCUAUCAAUGGCGGGUUCCUCUCUUAUGGACAAUCUCUUCCAGCGAACUCUCGAUGACCUUAUCAAAGGCCUCCGCCUCCAACUCCUCGGAGAGUCUGCUUUUAUUACCAAGGCCAUGGAUGAGAUUCGGCGCGAGAUCAAAUCUACGGACCCUCAAACUAAGGCCACCGCUUUGCAAAAGCUCUCCUAUCUAAACUGCCUUCACGGCAUCGAUAUGAAUUGGGCUGCUUUCCAUGUCGUCGAGGUUAUGUCAUCCUCUCGCUUCGUCCAAAAGAAGGCCGGCUACCUCGCUGCAUCCCAAUCCUUUCACGAAGCCACACCAGUUCUCCUCCUCAUCACCAACCAGCUCCGGAAGGAUUUAACUAGCACCAAUGAAUUCGAGGUUAGCCUUGCUCUCGAUUGUUUGUCUAGAAUUGCAACUAUUGAUCUUGCCAGAGACUUAACCCCUGAGAUUUUUACAUUGCUGUCGAGUAGUAAGGUUUUUGUUAGAAAGAAGGCAAUUGGUGCGGUUUUGAGGGUUUUUGGGAAAUACCCUGAUGCUGUUAGGGUGUGUUUCAAGCGUUUGGUUGAGAAUUUAGACAGUUCGGAUCCUCGGAUUUUGUCUGCAGUUGUUGGGGUCUUUUGUGAGCUUGCUUCACAGGACCCUGCUUCUUAUCUUCCAUUGGCACCCGAGUUUUACAGGAUUUUAGUCGAUAGCAAGAACAAUUGGGUUCUGAUUAAGAUCUUGAAGAUAUUUUCAAAUUUAGCUCCAUUAGAGCCAAGAUUGGCUAGGAAAAUUGUUGAGCCUAUAACUGAGCAUAUGAGAAAAACAUUGGCGAAGUUAUUGCUGUUUGAAUGCAUUAGAACAGUGGUGACCAGCUUGUCUGACUUCGAAUCAGCAGUUAAACUUGCUGUUGAGAAGACUCGAGAGUUUUUGGUUGAUGAUGAUCCUAAUCUUAAGUAUCUUGGAUUGCAUGCUCUUUCAAUCCUUGUGCCAAAACACUCAUGGGCUGUUCUUGAGAAUAAGGAGGUUGUAAUUAAAUCUCUAAGUGAUGUGGAUCCAAAUGUUAAACUCGAGUCCUUGCGGCUUGUGAUGGCUAUGGUUUCUGAGAAUAAUUUAGCUGAAAUAUGCAGAGUUUUGGUGAAUCUUGCUCUUAAAUCUGAUCCUUGUUUUUGUAAUGAAAUUCUUGGGUCCAUAUUAGCUGCGUGUGGGGAAAAUGUAUAUGAAAUCAUCAUCGACUUCGAUUGGUAUGUGUCGCUUCUUGGAGAAAUGUCAAGGAUCCCACAAUGCAGAAAGGGGGAGGAAAUUGAAAAUCAGCUUGUAGAUAUUGGUACGAGGGUCAAGGAUGCAAGACCUACUCUUGUCAUGGUUGGCCGUGAUCUGCUGAUCGAUCCAGCGUUACUCGGUAAUCCUUUCAUGCAUAGAAUACUAUCAGCUGCUGCUUGGGUGUCAGGAGAGUACGUGCAAUUUUCAGGCAAGCCAUUCGAACUCCUCGAGGCACUGUUACAGCCUCGCACCAAUCUCUUGCCGCCAUCAGUUAGAGCGGUUUACGUUCAGUCAGCGUUUAAGGUGUCGGUUUUUUGUUUAAAUUCUUACAUUCAAGAGCCAAUCAUUGACUCCUCUUCAUAUGUUGAUAAUCUGGUUGACAGAUGUUCCGAAUCUAUCUCUGUAAGAGAAUGUCAGGAUGCUUCUGUUUUAGGUUCGUGUGAUACUUCUGAUCUUCGUGAACGAGAUGAAGCGUUCAACCCGAGGCGGUCUAAUCAAUCGCCCAAAGUUACUUUCUCUGAAAAUAAUAAGCAGACACUGUCUCGUGUCCCGACAUGUACAUCUGCAUCGUUAGAGGAUAAUACUUCAUCUCUUGGAUCAAUCAUUGAAUUGUUGAAUUUUAUUCAAUUUUCUUUGAGCCCUUUAACUUGGAGCCAUGAUGUUGAAUUACUUGAGAGAUCUAGAAACUUGCUCAAUUUUAUUGAGUUAAUUAGGAAGCAAAUGCCUGAUGGUCUAAAUCAAAAGGCUGCUGGGAGUUCAGAAAUGGAACUUGCUGAAAUCUCUGAAAUAAUUGAACUGAUUGUUGACUCCUUCUCCAAUGACUUCGGCCCGAUCUCGAUAAAUGCUCAAGAAAGGGUUCCGAUUCCUAAAGGAUUGAUACUCGAGGAGAAUCUUGACGACUUGGAAAUGGUUUGCAGAGAUAUUCAGUUACCAGAAGGGUCCUUUUCUUUUGAAUUUUCUCACCGUGAGGAAAGGGUCGAUUCGUCUAUAGUAUCUCAACAGAGCCAGCAAGAGUCUGAAUCCUCGAACGCAACCACAUCUCUUCUCUCCGAGCACCGUAAGCGUCAUGGACUGUAUUAUCUUCCGUCAGAUAAGACUGAUGAUGCAUCUAAUGAUUAUCCACCGGCCAAUGAACUCAAGUUAGAAGAUCAUCUGGAUGAUGACGCUGCCCACCUUGUUGAGCUUGCAGAACGGUCACUUGCGCUAAAGAAAAAGUCUAAUUCAGCCAAGCCUAGGCCUGUGGUGGUGAGAUUGGAGGAAGGAGAUGAAUUGCCAGUUAUGAGGAAGAAGCCCCAGUUGAAGGACGAAGAGCUUUCCGACGCAGUACGACAUGUUCUUGAAGGUAGCGAUGCGAGGCCUACUUCCUCACAAACAAAACAAUCUUCCAAAGCAUCUAGCAGGAGAAAAGGAAAGGAGAAACAGGAUGCUGAUAAUGUUUCUGAAUCAAAAGAAAACUUGGGUGAUGUUGAAGAGCAAUCCAAUAAGAUAGAUACAACAAGUUCAAGAAGAACACAUCGACAUCAUGGAAAAGAUGGGAAGCAAUCAGGUGUAGAAAAGAGUAGUGAGAAAAAGGAUCAGGCUCAUAAGAAAGGCAAGCGAACAAGUAGUCAGCGGCACGGUAGGCGUAAAGCUACACAAAUUGGGGAUGCUCCAUUACCUGUAACUUCACAGACAGUUAUACCCGAUUUCCUUUUAUAGCUCGAAAAACCCGAGUCAGGUUUGCUGCAGAUUAUCCCAGCAUCAAUGAUUGGUUUGGUUUCCAAAUUCUCAUGUGCCAUGGUUAGUUCUGCUGUAAAAAUUUAUUGAUUUUUUGGUGCAUGUUUGGUUGGAUUCAUAUGUUACAGAAUGGAUGUCCAUUUCAGAAACAGAGUUUCAAAGUUGGGAUUAUCUUGUUUCUGGUAUUAAUGUGAAGCAUUUUUUGAUAGUUUGAGUA